UGGCGGUUGCAAUAGCAUCAGAAUUUCAAACACCUCCAGAGUGUAUAGUUCAAUUUUUACGCAAACAAAAAAAAAAAACAAAUUAGAAAGAUGCGCUUCUUAGCUGUAUUUGCCCUGUUCGUGGCCCUUGCUGUCGUUGCCAUGGCUGUUCCAGUCGAAAACUCCGAAGAAACCCAGCAACAGUCCUUGUACGAUGUCGAUGUUCAAGGUCAUGAGAAUACCGGUGAACGUGAAGCCCGCCAAUUUGGCUAUGGUGGAUUUGGUGGUUACCGUGGCGGUUAUGGCGGAUUCGGUGGAUACCGUGGCGGAUAUGGUGGCUACCGUGGUGGUUAUGGCGGUUAUGGUGGCUAUGGCGGUUUCCGUGGUGGUUAUGGCGGUUUCGGUGGUUAUCGUGGUGGAUUCUACGGUUAAUACCAAAGAGAAGACAAUUAAUUUAUUUACAACGAAUUUUGAAAUGCUAUCCGACGAUCUACAACGAGAUUAAAUAUAAUACUCCUCCAGAAAAGGAAUUAAAAAAGGAAAAAAAGU